GGUAACGAGUAAACAUUAUGGUGUUGUUCGGGACUAUGUAAAUAUCAAAUCAGCCCUCAAUAAUCUGUGUAUUCAAUCCGUGUAUUCGCUUGUUCAGUCCAUUCCGACUGUGUAUCGAAACACGUAGUAAGUGUGCCUGAAGAGGGUCCUGUCUUCAUUUCGACUUGAGCCUAGUAGUUUUCAGAAGCAGUUAAUUAAAGCGCGAUUAAGGCCGCUGAUUUUGGGAUAUCCUUCACCUUUACAGUUUUUGGGUCAAUUUUUAAGGAGACAUUUUAUUCACCAUGGGAUGUAACAACAGUAAGAAUACAGAGACCGCUGGUGGCUCUCAGAAACCCGCACCAAAAGCCGAAGAUAAGCCAGCGGACAAAGUCAUUGAAGAGCCACAAAAAGACACAGCUGAGACAGGGGAAAGUUCUCCAAAAGAGGAACAAAUCAAUAAAGAGAAUGAAGAGAAGAAAGACGAAGAAAAACCAACAGAAGGUAGUACAGAGAUGACAACAGAUGUGGAAGAUGAAAAUAGAACAGACACUGAGCCAGUGGACGACUGUCCUCAGCAGACACCUGAGGAAAAAAAAUUAUCUGAAAAUCCAAAACAAAAAGACGAAGUAGUUGAACUAAAUAAAGAGGAAGCUGGAGAGGAUUCAGAGAAACCAGAUGAAAAUAAAGAGGAAUCUGUGACUGUAGAAAAUAAAACAGAUGAUUCUAAAAUAGCUGAAGAGGUGAUACUGCCACCAUCCAUAGAGGCAGACACUGGGAUCAUGGCUCAGGAGUGUCAAGAUGACGUGCAGCCUGAACCCAGUGAAGGGGAACAGAAGCCAGCUGAAGAUGAAGCACAGAAACCUGCUGAGGAGGGAGAGGCAGCAAAGCCAGCUGAAGAAGCUGCCCCAGCAGAUAGUGAACAACAACAAGCAGCUGCAGAAUAAAUCUUCCCUUAAGUAUAGACUUUUUAUAGACAUUUACAACUGCUCAAACCUUGACACAGAAAAUAGUUUCCUAUCGUUAACAUGCUUGUGUGCCUAAAGACAUCUGAAGAUGGAGUAAAAAAAAAAAAAAGAAAAGAAAAGAAAAAGGAACUGGAAUAAAAUGAUCUUGUGGUUGUGAUGAGACAGUCCCAGUGAAUUUCAGAGGCGGAGGAGCAAACAUUUUACUCCCUUAUUGCUGAAUAAAACCCUUUUUGGUAAAAUGUAGUGUUUGGCCCUCCCCCCUCCAAUCUUCCAUUGUUUAAACAUGGCAUAUGUAAAAUAUGUAGGAUAGACUCUAUUUUUUAUAUAAGUUGUAAUUGUGUGUAAGUAUAUACAUAAAUAUGAACAUAUAUAUAUUUAAGCAGCUCAACCAUGCCAAUUACAUGGUGUAUUAUUAUUAUUAUGAAUAUAGUUGUUAUGGUUGGCGUCUUCACCACUGUGAUCACAUCUCAUUAAAAUGCUUAUACUGCGCAUGUAUGAUACACCUUUUAUUUCUAGAGUAGAUUUACAGUCAUAAUAUCAUUGAUUUAUGUACAUAUUUUCUAAUCAUUUUAUAGUCUGCAAAACUAACUAUCCAAACAAUGCUUUGGGCUGGUCUGUAACUGCUGUUUUUAAACAACUUUACUAUUUGUGACUCCCAUUUCUGGGCGCAUCUUUAAGAUACAUUUAUUUUUAUAUUUGGACUAUGUCAACUUCCAAUAUUUUUUCAAAAUAUUCAGGUCUAGCAAUUCAGUCAGUUUUGAAAUUCUUUUAAUUUAUACCUUUAUUUCUUAACUUUAAUUUCAAGAAGAUUUUAGUCAGGUACUUAUUCCUUAUCUAGUCCUGUAACACUUAUUAACACAUAUUUCUUUUACUCCAUUUUUAAUUGGUCAGUUUUUAGCUUUAUAACGGAAAUGACAGUUUUACAGUCAGGGGCAUAGAUUGUUUUGGAAAAGCAGUUUAAGAAAUUUUUGAUUUUUUUUACAGUCCUACCUAUUUCUAACAAUAGUUUCCAUUGUGGCAACUGCAAAGCCUUGCAUAAUAUGACUCAACUUAUUACAUUUGGAUUUAGGUACCAUUUCAUCACAUAGAUAAUGAAUUAGCAACUUUUAGUUGUAGAAUUUUUCUUAUGAUUUAAGAAUAUUUUUCUGUGCAAUCAUGUCAGAUCAUAAAUCAUAGGGUCUUGGCAUUUCUUAGGCACCUGGGCUUACUCUAACAUAUACAUCUUUUUAAAAACAAAGUUGCCAUCGACGUGACCUAGAAAUGUAAAUUAUCUCAAAUGACUUAGUAUUGAUUUCACUGAGUAAAUGUAAUUUGGGCAGGAAAAUUCCUAAGACAAAAAUUAUGUGAGCGUGAGCCCAGGGUUUAUGGAGUUCACAUAUAGAGGGAGGGACAUGUGCAAGGCUGUAUCUAGGGUAGGCCGUAAGUGCAAGUGUAUAUACAGUGUAUCUAUAUAGGUUAAAACAAUCAACUUCUAUAUGGUGUACAGAUUGAUACCUAUCUCAAGGUGGACAUGUAUGAAGGGCUUUGCAGUUUAGUGAUGGAACUUAACUCCCGAUGGAAUUAUUUGGUAACAUUUAUCAGUACUGCUCAAUUUUCAAUUACAUGUAUUUAUGAUUUUGCAUGAUUACCAUCGUCUUCCUUGUUUAAUUUUUUAAAUGUGAAAAUCUUGCCAAAAACUGCACAAAAAGACAGCUGUUCCGUCCAAAAAAAAGGAAAAAUAUGACCAGUGAACAUUUGGACAAUCUGGGGUGAUUUCGUAGAUCAAUCAACUAAUUUGAUUACCUAUACGGAAAUGACCGGGUUGUCUCAAAUGGACCUUUGAACUGACAUGUCUCAAGUAAAUUCCAUCUACUAUAAACUGUGUUUAUUUACUAAAUGUUUGACGGAUCAUAGAGACGGUUUCUCCAUCAGCACCCCGACUUUCAAUAUUUAUCAGUUUCAUUUCGCACACAACAAAUGUCCAUUUCACGAGGGUUUUAAAGGUUUUCAAAUCUGAUUUCAAUUGGGCUAAAUAACAAGUAAAAGUUGGGUUAAGUACCUUCUUGCGAAAUAUCCUAAAAUGUUUUGGACUUGACUGCUCCAAAGUAAAGUCAAGAUUGAUGAAAUAACUAUCUGAAACUUGGGGUGCUGAGAGAGUCACUGAAACGCCAGAACACGUUGCUUAAGACCCAAGUCUUUUGAAAUGUGUCUUUAUUUAAUAGGUUCAAGUUUGAGAAGUACCAAAUUCGUGUAAUGAGUUUGUAUGGUUAAGUCAACAUUGAAGUCAGGCUGUUUCAUGAUCAGUUUUUGUAUAUAUAGACUAGUAUUUUUAAAAUAAAAUGAUUGUAUUCUUAGUAUAGUA